AUGCCUUCCCAGACGCCAUCCACGAGAAUUAGCACCUCAAGUCCGCUGGGUCCUCCUCCGUAUUCCUCUGCUGAUAUCGCCGGCUCGAGCAGCAGAAGCACCCCCGCACGUGAUAACAGGAUCAUCAUCGAACCAUCGUUUUCCGACUCGCCACAUGGGCGUAUAAUCACCGAUUCAACUCGCGGGCGAGACAGGGAAAACUCGAUGAACAUGGACCGCAAGAGGAGGCUUACUGCUACUGCGAGUGAUGACGCAACACCGCACAGGCGGCCGUCUGCCUUGAGCGGACCGAACUCUUUGUCACGCAGCAGGCUUCAACAGGAUAGACCUCUGCCAAUGUUGCCUGUUGGUGAUAACUAUAUACGCUCUGGCUUGCCGGGAUCAUCGCGGGAAAAUGCUAUCGAUCUAACAUCUUCAAGCUCUGACCGUCCCGACAUAUCCGGUACUUUGUCUCGCCAGCAUACUCGCAGUCUGACCACGGUGCCUCAGCGAUCACGACAGGAUCUCGUGGAAUAUCCAUUGCCUCGUUGGCAGCCGGAUUCGGAAGUGACUCAUUGCCCUAUCUGUGGCAGCCAAUUCAGCUUUUGGUACAGAAAGCAUCAUUGUCGGAAAUGCGGUCGUGUAGUGUGUGCGGCGUGCUCUCCUCAUCGCAUCACUAUUCCUCGACAGUACAUCGUAAAGCCACCAGAACUAGUCGAUAAUCCUGUAUCCGAAAGACCCUUAUAUCACAGCCCUGGUCACAGCCGUGACUCUGACCGAGGAGCAACUUCUGCAGUUGGCGAGAUACAUGAUACUUCUACCAUUGUAACUGCCCGUCCAGAGAUCAGCCACCUCAAUCCUGCACUGGGGGGCGGAGAGGAGGUGCGCCUAUGUAACCCAUGUGUGCCAGAUCCCAAUCCUGAUCCGCCUUUGACCUACGGGUCGGUUCAGGCUAGUUUUGAUCGUCUACCGAACUCGAAUUGGGGUGCAACUAUGCCAGCAAUUCCGAUAAGUCAACGUCUCCAUCAAGUGCGGCGCUCGUUAUCGGGCGCCCAGAUUUUCAACCCGCGCAGGGAUGUAGAGAGAGAGGCACAAGAUAGCCAGCGCCGGCACCAAACGUUGACAUCGCAUCAGUCUGGACCGGCUGAAUUCGAGUACCAUAACAAUACUUUUGAUCCUUCCGGCACUCGGCCGAGGAGAGUCCGGUCCAUAGUAGAUUCGGAUCGUCCUCUACCUUCUCAUCCAACCCAUCAAGUUCAAGUCGAUGAACGCGAUAUCUGCCCUAUCUGCAGCACACGUCUACCUCCACGCGGCGACGACGGCAACGAGGAUGAACGCGAAGCUCAUGUUCGCGAUUGUAUUGCCAGAUCUUCAGGCGCAGACGGAUCCUCACCCGGAUUACACUCACCUCAAUCCCAGCACCUUCUCCGCAUGCUAUCUUUUACAGCGACAGAGAAAGACUGUCUUAGCGAAGAUGGCACCCCACAGGAGUGUACAAUCUGCAUGGAAGAAUACGAAGUCGGCGACAAAUUAGCCCGACUGGAAUGCCUUUGCAAGUUCCACAAAGCAUGCAUUGUGGGAUGGUUUGAACGGAAGAAAGAAUGCCCUGUUCACAAGUUCACCUAA